AUGACAAGUUUAAGUUUAAGUUCAAUCAAGGUGCCAGUGUUUGAAGGAAAGAAAUUUGAACAUUGGAGGUUACAGAUGGAGAAUAUUUUUAUCUGCCAAGACAUAUGGGAGAUUAUGAAAGAUGGUUAUGUUGAACCAACAGAAGGAGUUGUUCAAACACCAGAAAAACAAACAAAUUUAACAGCAAACAGGAAGAAUAAUUCGAAAGCAACCUAUAUUCUUCAUCAAGGUAUUCAUGAAUCUCUCAUGGACAGAUUUAUUUAUAUCAAACAAGCUAAAGCAGCAUGGGAUGGUUUGGUUAGCUAUUACACAGGUUCUGACAAAGUUAAGAAGAUGGAAGUUACUGAAACAAUAUCAGAAUUUUUUCCAAAGACAUUGAAUCUUGUCAAUGAAAUGAAAUCUAAUGGUGAUACUGUAGAAGAUUCAGCAGUUGUUGAAAAAAAUUUAAGGAGUUUACCUGAGAAGUAUGAAGAAAAAGUAACUUCUAUUGAGGAGUGUAACACUGUUGCAACUAUGUCUCUUAAUGAAUUAUUAGGUUCAUUACAGGCUUAUGAGCAGAGAUUAUGUGAAAAAACAGCUGCUGCAAAACCAAUAGAAGAAGCUCUACAAAGUCAAGUUACAUGGAGUAAUAAACAAGGAAACUCAAAAUCUGGAGGAAGACCCAACAAUGGAGGUUAUCAAGGAAGAAAUAAUACUGGAGGAAGAUUUAAUACUGCAGGUUAUCAAGGAAGAAAACCAUUAGACUUAUCAACGGUGCAGUGUUAUAAUUGUGGAAUUUAUGGACACUUUGCUACUACAUGUACAAAACCUAGAAGGACAACUGCUAAUAAUUAUUAA